AGGCAUCACUGAUCUCAACUAAACACUUUUGUCUUUAAUGUCUCAAUUUGUGGAUAAAUUUCUCAACCAAUAUCUCUACAUUGAAUAAAUCAUCAUCAAUUCCCUCAAAUCUAAACACCCAAAAGAAAAAUGACUAAUUGGAUAUGGAAAGUACUAACUUUAGUACUCUUUCUAAUUGGUUAUGUUCUAAGGAAGAAAACCAAGGAGAAGAAGAAUCUUCCUCCUGGCCCAAAAGGGUAUCCUUUAUUUGGAAGCUUGAACCUAUUAGGCCAACACCCUCAUCGAGAUUUGCAAAAAUUGUCCCAAAAAUAUGGUCCAAUCAUGCAUAUCAAACUUGGUCUAAUUCCCACCAUUGUUGUCUCCUCUCCUAAGGCUGCCGAGCUUUUUCUCAAGACUCAUGAUCUUGUUUUCGCCACUAGACCACCUCAUGAGGCUGCCAAGCACAUUUCUUGGGAGCAAAGGAACUUGUCGUUUGCUCCCUAUGGCUCUUAUUGGCGCGACACAAGAAAAAUGUGCACCCUCGAGCUUCUAAGCAAUCUCAAGAUAAGUUCUUUUAGAGCGAUGAGGAGAGAAGAGAUUCUCCUCCUUAUUGAGCUCGCGAAAAAUGCUGCUUGUGAUCGUGUGGCUAUCGAUCUUAGCACCACGAUCACAGCGUCCAACACUGACAUGAGUUGUCGGAUGGUGUUGGGGAGGAAAUACUCUCAUGAAGAGUUUGAUCAAAAGGGUUUCAACGCAAUGAUCAAAGAGGGCAUGCACUUGGCUGCUACUCCUAACUUAGGAGAUUACAUUCCUUUCCUUGCUCCACUUGACUUGCAGGGCUUCACAAAGCGCAUGAAGGUUGUUAGAAAAGUGUUUGAUGAAUUCUUUGAUAGGAUCAUUGAUGAGCAUAUUCAAUCCAAAGAUAAAGAUCAUGACCAUGAAGCCAAGGAUUUCAUCGAUGUCAUGUUGAGAUUCAUGAACUCUGAACAAUCUGAAUACUGCAUCGAACGAUCGAAUAUCAAAGCUAUAGUUCUGGACAUACUUGUAGGGUCAAUGGAUACAUCAUCAACAGCAAUAGAAUGGACAAUGUCAGAACUCAUCAAGCACCCAACAACAAUGAAAAAGCUCCAAGAAGAGCUCAAAACCAUGGUGGGCAUGGAAAGAAUGGUUGAAGAAUCAGACUUAGAAAAGUUGCCCUACUUAGACAUGGUGAUAAAGGAAAGCAUGAGGCUUCAUCCAGUGGCACCAUUGUUGCUUCCCCAUGCAGCCAUGGAAGAUUGCAUGGUCAAUGGCUUCCACAUACCCAAAAACUCACGUGUGAUCAUAAACACUUGGACAAUUGGGAGAGAUCCCAAGUGUUGGAAUGAGCCAGAGAAGUUUUUCCCAGAAAGGUUUGUGGGGAGUGACAUAGAUUUGAAAGGUAGAGACUUUGAGCUCAUUCCAUUUGGGUCUGGAAGAAGAGGCUGCCCUGGAAUACAACUUGGUUUGACUAUGGUUAGGUUGAUGGUGGCUCAGCUUGUUCACUGUUUUGAUUGGGAACUCCCUGAUGGUAUGGUGGCUUCUGAGUUGGAUAUGAGUGAGGAGUUUGGUUUGACUACUCCUAGGGCUAAACAUCUUGUGGCCAUUCCUAUUUAUCGCCUUAACAAAUAGAAAAUAUGAGCUUUUUUUUUUUACUUUAGAAGUAAGAUGUAGAACAUGGAUUUUCCCAUGGGAAAUAUGAGAAUGUUCUCUAGUAAAAAUAAAAAAAUAAAAAUCUGUGUUUUGCUAUAGUUCUCAUAUGAAGUUGAUUGAUCUGUAAAAUAAUUAUUUGAUCCAUAUACUCACAAAUUGUAAAAUCUUCAUCUACUAUGCUAUGCUUGGAGAAAUCUUUGAAGUUACAAUAAUUUUAAGAGAAAUUAGUGAAAAUGAUAUCUUUUUUUU